AUGACGAGGAUAUACUUCUCAGGGGAAGCGAGGCCCAGUCGAGUUCAGCGGGAUCAGCGGCACCAAACUGGUCGUGUGAUUGACAAGAGCCUCCAAAGUUUACUGGACUUGAGCUCAAGAUCUUCUGUGUUCUACAAUGGUCCCUUGAAGGUCUCUGGAGGUCGAAUUACUCCUGGAGAUGACGGCAAGCGAGUUGCGCCAGAUAUGUCCAUCCACGAUUGGUGCACAAGCACAAACGGUUUAUCUGGCCUCGACAAGCCUCUGACUGCCUUCAACAACGUUGCCUCAUUUAUCCAAGACAGGUACAGACGGACAGAUGGGUCGCGUGUCCUCGACCGAGAUGACGCGAAUCAACUUGCCCCAUUUAUAUUGCAAGACAAGAGAAACGAUGGUACAAAAGAAGGUCGCGAUUUCGUUGCUCUUGGCCUGGACGAUAUGGUCAUCAAUGAUGUACUUCCCACAAAAGAAGAGUUUUCCUCUUCUCAAGAACAGGUACAAGUUCACGCUUUUGACAUCCCUACCAACGAAGAAGCUGCCAGUCGGAUUGACGUCAGCGACUGGGAAGGGAAUUCUUUGGACGAAUGGCUCACAGAACGGGUCAAGCACGAGCACUCGGGCGACUGGAGAGCAACAGACGGUUAUGUGUUGUCUGCCGGAGAAGAAAUGUUGGCAGAUGUCAGGUCUCUCGGCGACCAGAUGAGUCGCCGACACGACUUGGAUCCUGAUCUGACGACCUACUUUUCAACAAGAAUCAGUACCUACAUGGUAGACCAGAUGUUGCUCUCCGGCGAAAGAGAAGUCACCCCAGAGUUUUUGCACGAUGCCGAUUUCAACCUCUUCAAAGCCAAGAAUGCGCUAAUGUCCAUGUCCCCGGGAGAAAGAAAGGCGAUAUUGUACGGCCGACAUGCUAGUGCUCAAAGCUCGGCAGCCACAGACUCACGACCGUCUUGGAGGAGCUCAUCGCUGCCCCAGGAUUCGUUGCCUUCCUCUUUUGGCUCACGGGGCUUUCACCGAGAGCUGGCCAGUGAUGGUAGCAAACCAAACUCAGCAUCAGGCGGUCCCCAGCCUUCAAGGAAAACCGUCGAAUCUACAGAGGAUGACGUGUCAGUCCCGAGUGAUGCCACAGACACUCGCGCCAGUCAGGCCAAAGGAGUCCGCUUCAAUCCCAUCGUUAACAGCGUCAAUUAUAGCAGAUGA